AAAAUCGGCAACUGGUCAACUCCAAACAAAGGCGGGCAUAGAAUUCUAGAUAGAAGAUUUGCGUGUCUGGAGCUCUACCAUCUUCUCCUUAGCAGCCCUUUUUGAAAAACUCAGUCUCCAGCUCUGAAUUUGAUGAUAGAAUUGGAGGGAAAGAGAUAAUGUUAGCAGUUGAGCCAUGUCAAUCUCACUGUCCUGCCCACCUCACCACCAUCUAUCAGCUGAUAUAGUUAAACUGUAGGCCGAGGGUUGACUUGUUGAGCAUACUCGCCGUCCCUCCCUCCCUCCUCCGCCUAUCUUUUAUUUGCCACAACCCCAAAAUCCUAUCCAACAACAACAUUCAUCGCUGCAUCACUUCAACUCUUGCCUUUACUCCUCUUUUCCUUUUCCUGAUCUCUGUUGUCUCUUUGGCUGCCUGCAAUAGCCAAUUUUUACUAUUCCUUUUCUCCCUUCACCUUCGUCCAAUUCUACCCACUUGGAUACUUGGCAAAUUUGAUCCCUUUUUUGUUUUACUUUUAUGAUUUUUUUUUGUGAAAUAUAACUCCAAUAAUGAAGGAGAAGGCUGAGCCAGUCCAAAAGCUAUAUACAAGGAUGCGGUUAUGGGAAUUCCCUGAUGAAUAUGUGAUCGAACCCACCGAUGGCUCUUCUGCUUCCUCCUCCCUUUCGAUUAGUCUUGUUGAUGCCUCAAUGAAGCUCAUUGAUAGUAUUCCAGAAUGCAGCUCUUUCCGUGUUCCUAAGAUUCAAAUGAUUUUUGGAGUAGUUGGAAUGCUAAAACUUGUAGCGGGGUCUUAUUUAUUUGUUAUAACUGAGAGAAAAUGUGUUGGAUCUUACUUGGGGCAUCCCAUCUUCAAAGUUAUAUCCUUGAAGGUUCUUCCCUGUGUUCAUUCGGUUAAAAACUCUACUCCGGAACAGAAAAAGAUGGAGAAUGAAUUUUCUCGGCUGCUAAAAGUUGCAGAGAGGACUACUGGACUCUAUUUCUCUUAUGACACCAAUUUAACACUGAGUACUCAGCGAUUAUAUGAUCUGGGAAAUGAGUCCAAAAUGCUUCCUCUAUGGAGACAGGCAGAACCUAGAUUUCUUUGGAACAGUUAUAUGUUGGAAGCACUUAUAGACAAGAAGCUUGAUCCCUAUUUGCUUCCAGUUGUCCAAGGGAGCUUUCAUAAUUUCCAAGCAACUAUUGGAAAAGAAAUUGUAGAUGUUACACUGAUUGCUAGGAGAUGUACAAGGAGAAACGGAACCCGGAUGUGGAGAAGAGGAGCUGAUUCUGAGGGGCACGUUGCAAAUUUUGUGGAAACUGAGCAAAUUAUUCAGAUUAAUGGGUUUACUUCAUCAUUUGUUCAGGUUCGGGGGUCAAUACCAUUUCUGUGGGAGCAAAUUGUUGAUUUGACUUAUAAGCCUAAAUUUGAGAUUGUGAGACCUGAAGAAGCUCCACAGAUAGCCGAGAGGCAUUUUCUGGAUCUGAGAAAAAUGUAUGGAUCUGUUCUAGCUGUUGAUCUUCUCAACAAGCAUGGAGGUGAGGGACGUUUAAGCGAUAUGUUCUCAAAUGCAAUGCAGCCCAUAGUUAGUGAAGAUUUAAGAUAUCUGCACUUUGAUUUCACUAAGAUCUGUGGACAUGUUCAUUUUGAGCGCCUUUCCUUCCUCUAUGACCAAAUUGCAGAUUUUCUUGUGAAAAAUGGGUACUUCUUGUUGAAUGAAGAGAGUGAGAAAAUGGAGCAACUUGGAGUUGUAAGGACCAAUUGUAUUGAUUGCUUAGACCGCACCAAUAUUACACAGAGCAUGAUAGGUAGGAAAAUCUUGGAACUUCAGCUCAGGAGGAUUGGGGUUUUUGCAGCUGAAGAAACCAUUAGCUCACAUCCAAAGCUUGAUAGAUGCUUUAGAAUAUUGUGGGCUAAUCAUGGGGAUGACAUAAGCAUACAAUAUUCUGGCACUGCUGCACUAAAAGGAGAUCUUGUCAGGUCUGGUCAGCGAAGAGUUCAGGGGAUCCUUAAAGAUAGAUAUAUUUCCUUUAAACGCUAUUAUUUGAAUAACUUUUCUGAUGGAACAAAACAGGAUGCGAUCGAUCUCCUCCAAGGACAUUACAAAGUCUCUGUAGGAGGGGAUAUAACACCUCCAUCUCAAACAGGAGGCCUUGAGGCUAUAGCUUCCUUUCCGCUAGCUUUGUGUUUGGUAUUGAUAGGGUUGUUAUUGACAACAAUGUCAUUGGGGCAAGUUGGAAAUGAUCCAAGACAUCUGCUUUUCUCAGUUGUGUGGGGAAGCAUUAGUGUUGGUAUUGCAUCUUUUGUUAGGGCCAAGGGCAGGAUUUUCUGUAAUCGGCCUCGUUUACAAUUGCAUGAUAAACCUGGGUAUUGAUACACACAUUUUUUAUUCAGCUAUUUUUAUGUACUAAUCAACGUACAUAAGUACUUUGUUUUUUGGGUUCAGAAUGUAUUAUUUAUUUCAUUUUC